AUGCCUGAACAACCAUUCGACAAUGACAAUACUGGUGAACAACAACAUGUAGACCAGCCCAACAAUGAAUUCAAUGAAAAUUCGCCUGCUAAUAAUAAUGAGCAGUCUGAUGAUGAAGAAGAAGAUGAUGAUGAAAAUCAAAUGAAAGAUGAAGACGAGGAAAAAGAAGAAGAGGAGCCAACACCUGAUUUUUCUGAAGAAUAUUAUGGAUCGGAUCUUCCUGAUGAUGUUCUCUGUCCGGAAUUAAUGGCUGAACGUCCAAAGGAACAUGAAAGUCUGAAUAAUAUCAUUGUGGUUGAUAAUUUACCAAAAGUUGAUCAAGUAAAGCUUGAAAAAUUAAAAGCAGUUAUUUCCAAAGUUUAUAGUAAAAUUGGAGUAUGUCGAAAUGAAUAUUAUCCAUUGGAUGAAGAAGGAAAAACGAAAGGUUAUGGUUUUUUUGAAUUUCAAAAUGAGCAGAUGGCUGUAGAAGCAGUGAAACAAACUGAUGGUUAUCGUUUAGAUAAAAAUCACACAUUUUCUGUCAAUCUAAUGUCGGAGUUCGAUCGAUUAACACAAGUUCCACCUGAACCUGUUGAUACUGGUAACUUAUUUUCUUGGUUAGCUGAACCUGAUGCUGUUGAUGAAUUUGCUGUUCAAUCAGAUGAUCCAAAAAAGACUACUAUUUAUGCAAAUGCUUUAUCGCAACCAAUUGUUCUUGAAGAUCGAAGUAAAUGGACAGAAAAUAAUUUUGUUUGGUCACCAAAAGGUACUUAUUUAGCAUCAUUUCACGAGCAAGGUAUUGCCUUUUGGGGUGGCAAAGAAUUUCGUCAAGUACAACGUUUUGCUCAUCGUGGUGUUAAUUAUAUUGACUUUUCACCAGGUGAACGUUAUUUAGUAACAAUGUCACCACGUCCAAACAAUCCUGAAACAUUUAUUGUUUGGGAUAUAGUAACAGGACAAAAGAAACGUUCAUUUCCACUUGAUCAACAUUUUUCACAAGGUCCAUCUUAUUUCAAAUGGUCUUUUCAAGAUCAAUAUUUUGCUAAACAAGGUCCCGAUGGCAUCUACAUGUAUGAUAAAGAGAGUUUUCAAUUAGUCGAUAAGAAACCAUUUAAAAUGCCAUCACUUGCUGAUUUUCAAUGGUCACCUACCGAUAAUCGUCUUGCUUAUUGGACAGCUGAAGAUGGAAAUGUACCAGCACGUUUAGUACUUGCAGAAAUUAAUGGUGUCAAAUUAGAAGAAGUUCGAUCGAAAACAUUAUUUAAUGUUAUCGAUUGUAAGUUAUGUUGGCAAAAACGUGGUGAUUAUCUUGUUGGUAAAGUUGAUCGAUAUACAAAAAAGAGUGGAGAAAAAAAUAAUCCAAAAUAUUCUGGUUUAAUUUAUAAUUUUGAAAUUUUUCAUAUGCGUGAAAAAAAUGUUCCAUUAGAUACAUUAGAAGUAAAAGAAAUGAUUCAAUCAUUUGCUAUUGAACCAGUCGGACAUAAAUUAGUUGUAAUCACAGGUGAAGGUUUACGAACUAAUGUAACAUUUUAUAAAAUGGGUCAAGGACAAAGGAGUGGAAAAAUGGAAAUACUUAAAGUAAUAACACAAGCAGUAACGACAGCUAUUUGGGCACCAAAUGGUCAAUAUGUUGUUUUAGCUGCAAUGAAAACUGGUCAAACGGCUGGUGGACAAUUAAUAUUUGUUGAUGCCAGUGAUAUGUCAAUAAUGUCAAAACAAGAACAUCCUGAUUUAUCUGAUGUUGAAUGGGAUCCAACUGGACGUUAUGUAACAUCAUAUGUUAAUUUAUGGAGUGCUAAACGUGAUCAUUCAUUUAAAAUUUGGACGUUUCAAGGUAAUUUGGUAUUUGAAAAGAGUGUCGAAAAAUUGGUGGCAUUUCAUUGGCGCCCUCGACCACCAUCAUUACUUACAGAAGAUAUGAUUCGAGAAGUUCGUCGAAAUCGAGCUGUAUGGACACCAAAAUUAGAUCAACGAGAUCGAAUUUUGCGUACCGGUGAAUCAGCCAAACAACAAGAACAACGGCGGAAACAACUUGAUGAAUUUCAAAGAUUCAAAGAGAAAAAUACAAAACGUUUGGCUAUACAAAAACAACAACGUGUUCAAUUACGUGGUGGUGUUGAUACAGACUCAUUAUUUGAACAACAAGCAUCGAAUGUUGGUGAAGAGGUUGUUGAAUUUCUCAUUAAAACAGAAGAAGUCGAAUAUAAACCGUAA